AUGUUUGGAACCAAAUUCAUCUUUAAUAUUUUUAAGAACAAAUUUAACAGCAUAUCGAAGAAAUGCGUAAGCUAUGUCAUAAAGAGUUACAAAAGGACAUGCCCGCACAUCAGCGACUUCGAGCCGUUCGCCUCCAUGUACUACUUCAGCGGGCUGCACAACUACAGGACCUUCUACUUGCUCGUAAAAAUCAACGAAAUAUUUAACAUUAAUAAGUACAAACAUAUAUACAUCAUAUUCAGCACGGACAAAUAUGACUUUCAAACGGAUGAAAUCCCGACCAACAAGAAAAACAGAAUACAUAUCGACCAGCGAGUGGAUAUAAAAAUCAGGCAGUGCGAUGAAACGCUCAAAGUCGACCUGUUCACGACCAAAUUAACGAAGAAGGUCCACAUUGGACAGAUCAAUAUAGACAUAAAUUCGAGCGUCAUCACCAAGUCCUUUCCCAAGAACGAAUGGUUCGUGUGCUUCAAGGAUGGACAAGAAAUCUGCAAAGUGCAAAUGUCCUUUUACAAAAUUCAGAAAUAUGCGUGCCCCAAUGAGUGCAUGUUCAUACAGGAUGGACUCGAAUUAUGGAAGAACAAAUCUAAGAGUAUCAACAAAAAAAAUAUUAACUUACAAAAUAUUCACAAGGAGUUCUAUGACGACGAUAAAAAUUUGUCCCUAAUAGAUGUGGACACGGACAUAAACGAUAUAAGUCUGAUGCAAAAGCUGAAGCUGAUGAGCUUCGUCCUAGAACAAGAAAUCUGCGUGUUCGAUUUUUACGCAUACGUUCCGAAGUACAUGUCGGCGAAGGAGAUAAUGGGGGAGUGGUUCCUGUGCUUCCUCUGCUUCAAGGACGGCAAAGAAGAAGAUGUAAUUAACAUCGAGACGAUAAUCGAGCGAAACAUUCAUCGAGACAUAAACAUCCCCAUGCUGAAUAUAUUGCGAAUCGUCGUGGACAGCAAAAACAACACCAACGCCAAUAUUAUGUACACGUAUGAGAAUGAGAAAUACCAUUUGAGCAUUCACUCGGAGCAUAACCUGUCCUACAUCAUCGAUGCUAUAACGAUUUUUACGAACGAGCUAAAAGUCCUCAAAGAAUCUUGCGGAGAAAAACUGGAGCUGAGAAAAAAUAUGAUCAUGCAAGAAAUCAACAUGAAAAAGUUGAUGGGAAAAAGAAGACUUGCCUCCCCCAGGUUCAGACGCAGUAUCCCCAAAAGUGCCCAUAAAAUGAUGAACGAAAUGUAUGAACAGAAAGACAGCCUUGAAACAACAGUAGGGGAAAGGGACGAGUUUAUGAAUGACGUGUUGGAGGAAGGAGGGGACCAGAAGGAGGAAGAGCCGCUUAGCGGUGCGGUAUUUACAAAUCAUAGAACACGGAAGGGGAGAGCCCCCCCAAAUGGAACUGCCAUAGGGGCGGGACAAGACACUUAA